UUUUUUUUUUUUUUUUCAUUUUCAAGAUUGAUUUCAAAAUUGAUUUCAAAAUGGAACACACACCCUUCGAUGAUCAAAUUUUCGGUGAUUUUUCUGGGCCCUUAAGUCCACUUGGAGCCAAGCCUUUGCAACCCCAAUCCGGUCACAGUAUCCAUGUAAUGCUUGGUAUGCCUUCCGUUGUACAACAUUCCUCACCCGGUGUUGUAGAAAUGUGUACUCGUCUACCUGAUUGUAAUACCCUUCUUCCGGGUGGCUCUCCAAAAAUGGAUCCUUACAAGUCCAUGGAUUAUGGCCAGAAGAUGGACUAUGUGUCGGUCAAUAAAUUGAGUUGCUAUUCACCAACGCCCAAAUAUGAAUACAUUACAGCCAAGCUGGAUCAGUACUCACCACCAGGAGGCGGUGGUGGUGGUGGUGGUAAUAGUUCAAAUGGUCUCAUUGUUCGUGACUAUGGCAAGUCCAUGGAAUACCAUCAUAACAAUGGAAAAAUGGACUACUCCAGUCCAUCACCACAUUCUAAGAUGGAAUACGAUCAUCAUCAUAUGCAAAUGUUCACUGCUGGACCUGGAGGAAACCAACAAAGUCAAACGAUUCAAGUUCAAUCUACAUCAACUAUGGGCUCGCCCCAAGGAGGGCCAUCGACUCCAACAAUGUCCAGCAUGGAUGCAACGAAUUCUGGUGGGACAAUCGUUUCUAACAUGAACGGAGUCAUGGGUAAUAAAACGAAGAAUGAAGAUAGUGGAUCAACGACGACAACGACACCGACGACAGCGACAGGAACGGGCGUUGGCGGCAGCCAUUCAUCAUCAGUGAACGAUAACGGUACUGGUAAUGGUUUAAAUGCUUCAGGAGGUGGUGGUAGUGGUGUUGGAUCUAGUGGAACUGGUACUAGCAGUAGUGGCACACCAGGAGGACCGAAUAAAAAGGCUGACAAGAAAAAAGGCGAUCCGAACGGAAUUAAAAAGAAGAAAACAAGAACCACCUUCACUGCCUAUCAGCUAGAAGAACUGGAACGUGCAUUCGAACGUGCUCCAUAUCCAGAUGUAUUUGCACGCGAGGAAUUAGCAUUGAAAUUGAAUUUAAGUGAAUCCCGAGUGCAAGUCUGGUUCCAGAAUCGUCGUGCAAAGUGGCGAAAGCGUGAACCACCACGAAAGACAGGCUACAUUAAUACCAACAGUCCAUCGACAGGUUCGUUGGGUGGUACAACAACAUUGGGUCCGCCAUUUGCAACAUUCCCACAAACGACAACUGUAACACCUCCAGGCAGCGUUGAUAGUUGGACCAGUUAUCAGCCACCAUACGAAUUGGGUCCGCAUUUUAAUUUACUAUCGCCAGCCGCAAGUCCUUAUGGAACAUUUAGCACUGCACAAUAUGGAACUUAUGUACAUGAGAGUCAAUUGUUUCCAGUUUCGAGGCAACAUUUUGAAUAUGGUAGUCCGCCAAGGAUAGAGAUGGGUGGUGAUGAUGGCGGUGUGGUACACCAUAAGGUUGUGGAAAGCUAUGGCACUUUGGAUGACAAUGGCCACUUGAGUGAGAGCAUAUCUCAUCAACAGCAUCAGAAUGGAAAGUAUCUCGAUGAACCAAAGUACGUACAUUCAAUUAGCAGUUUAGAUGAGUCAGCUAAAUAUCCUGGUAGUUGUCACUUGGAUCCCCAACACCAGCACCAACAACAACAACAACAACAGCAACAACAACAACAUAACCAGGAACUUAAACAGCAGCAUCAACAAACCCACUUUGUUGGUGCACCACCUCCACCAACAUCACACCAGCCACAACAAUCACAAUCAUCAUCCCAGCAACAUCAGCAACAAGGACCCCCAUCGGGAUGCCAUCCAGCCAAUGCUGCCGUUGCGACCGCCAACGAUGAUCCCACCGAUGCUAUGUCAACGGUAAUUAAGAGCGAGGACUCCAGCACUGUCACCCAUAGUUAUGUGCUACCCCCUUUUAUGCAUUGAAAGAGACGCAGCUCUACCGAAGUGAAAGAAUCCAACAAUGAUAGUUGACGUCGUCGUUGGUUUUAACUCCCGCUACUAGUAAAAGUGUUAACAAAAGACUUGGUCCCCUGGGGCGAUCAAUGUCGUCAACAUUAUCACAGCACCCACCUAGUAGUAAUAACAACAACUUUGCCGCCAAAUGCGGAAUGAAAGUGAACCGCAGUCAUAUCAAUAUAUAAAUUAAUUUCAUUUUGACAAUCGAUAAACCAAUGGAGAGAUGAAUAAGUUAACACUAAUAAUUAAAAUUUAAAAAUUUAAUUUAAAAUCAUGGUAGUAUUUUUUAAAUUUUAUUAAUUUUCAAUUCAAAUUAUUUAUAUGUGAUUCAGAAAUUUUUGGGAGUAGCUAGUGAGAUUUGAAAGGACAUUCCAUUAUUAACUCAAGUAGGUACUUGGUUUAAACAAAAACAAAAAACAAAGAAUUCAGAGUUCCAUUUCCAUGUCUCAAAUCAAAUUCAAGGCUUAACAACGAACAAACAAAAAUUUAGCAAU